AUGUUUGGAGGCGUCAUUGGUGCUUCUACUGAGCAAGUCGUUGGCGCAGCAGUCCCUACCUCCCUAGGAUCUGUCAAGGAGCAGGCUAGCAGCUUCAUGUCUAAAGCGCAGCCAUGGCGGCAGUUCGUGUGGCCGCUCUCCGUUCCGUCUGCGAACGAAGGCUGCUCGCGGAUUUCCGCGAACGUCUUCAACUACCAGACGAACUAUGCAAUCCUCUUUGUGGUUCAACUGGUUCUUUCUGUCAUUCUCCAGCCGUCUGCCUUGAUGUGCAUCAUAGUCACUGUCAUUACGUGGGUGUUGUUCUUGAAGAAGAACGAGGAUCCAGACUGGGCACCCAAACUAGGAGGUGUAGUCCUCUCACCUUUGCAGAGAUGGCUACUGCUCGCGGCGAUCACAACAAUCGUUUUGCUCCUGUGGGUUGGUGGAGUGAUCUUCAAUGCCGCGUUGAUGUACUUGCUGUUCUUCCUGGCACAUGGCCUGCUGCAUGAUCCUGCUGGCCGCAGCGUUCCGGGAGGAGAUCCAGUACCAAUCUGA